AUGACUCCCAGUCCAGCAGUAGCCAUCUCAAUUCUAUUCCUCACCCUCUUCGCAAUUUUCGCACUCCUUGCCUGGUGGUUGAAGACCCGGGUGCACACCUUCAUUCGUGCUAUCUUUAAGCACCGCCAAGAAAAGAACAAGGGUAAUGCUUCAACUGUUGCCAACUCUGGGGAAAGCGUCUAA